AAACAGAAGCUGCAGAUUUCCUGCGUGUGAUGAGGUCGUGUUGUCGGUUGUGACUCACUGUGUGUCUGUGGUCCUUCCAUCCUGCUCCUGCUUCACGUCUUCAUACUAAUUCUGUUUAAACUGCAUUUCUAUGGUCCAUAAACCGAUUCUCAGACUGGUUUCUUUAAACUCUGGUUUCUGAUGUUUGGAGAAUCUGCAGAUCUUCACAGACCACCACCACCAACAUGGACCUUCAGAGUCUGCAAGAUCAGAUCUCAGAGCUGCUGAAGCCUCACAGAGUCUGUCUGAUGCUGCCUGUUUUUAUGAACCGAGGUCAGUCGUCGGCCAGGUCCGUCAACCGCUUUGUGGUUCUGAGUAUGUGGCGAGGUUACCUGGUUCUAAACAAGCAGCUGGUCCGGGUGGAAACCUCUUUCAGCUACUUGGAGAUCUGCUCCAUCACCAUCCACAGUCUCUCACAGAUUGUCUUGGAGACGGACACACACAUACUUUCUUUCGGCGUUUUGCAUGUUGAGGAUCUUGAGGCGAUGGUCGGUCACCUGACUGCAUCGCUGAAGAGGAUCUUCCCAGAUUCUUCUCCAGGGAAUCUUCUAAAGACGACUCCAGCGGAUCUCCAACUGAGACUGUUGGUGCUGAGCAGGCUGAUGGAGGAGCGGCUGGACGCUCAGCCUGGACCUUGUGGAGGAUUCUCGGACACGUAUGCAGCUCUGUGUGACUUCAACGAGGUGUCCGUUCAAGAUGAACUUCAGUGGGACGUCGACAACAUUUAUCAAACUCACAACUGCAGACAUUUUAAGCUGAAUGACUUCAGCCACUUAGACAGCAGGGACUUGGCGUUGGCUGUGGCAGCUCUCUCCUUUAACCAGUGGUUCACGAAGAUCUCCAGUAAAGAACUCAAAUUGUCUGUGGACGUCCAGCAGCAGCUGGUCUUCCUCCUGUCCAGGUCUCCGAGUCUGGAGGAACUCUGUCUGGAGUCCAGCGGUCUCAAAGUGGACUUUGUGGUCAAACUGGCAGCUGCCCUUCGAGACCACACCUCCUCUACGCUCCAGUGCAUCAACCUCUCAGCCAAUCAGAUUGAAGACAAAGGUGUCAUUGCUCUCAGUCAGGCGUUGGGGAAUUUGGCUGCAGGACUUCGAGUUCUGUCCCUGUCUCAGGUUUCAGUGACGGCUCGAGGGGUCGGCUGUCUGUGUGAGGUCUUAUCAAACAACCAGCUCUUCUCCACAUCGCUGAAACAUCUGGAUUUGUCCAGAAACCCUGGCAGCCUGGCCACGGAGGAGGCCACGUUUCUCUUCAAGUUCUUGUCCAGCACCAACUCUCUGUCCUACCUGGACCUCAGUGGUACCAGCUGCCCCCUGGACACGUUAUUUGUGUCGCUGUCCGCUGGAUGUUGUUCCAAACUGAUGCACCUGAAUCUUUCCAGGAACCCUUUCAGUCACAGACGAGUGCAAUCGGUGACCAAGAGUGUUCGCGAGUUCUUCAGUCAGAGUCGUGAGCUGAAAUAUGUGAAUCUGUCUGCGACCAAACUUCCUCCACCGGCUCUCAGGUUUUUACUGCAGGGUUUGGCAACCAAUGGUCUCCUGUGCAGUCUGGAGCUGGACAUCAGCAGCUGUGAGCUGGGUUCAGCCGGGGCUCAGGUGAUUCAGGAGCACAUCUGUGAGGCUACAGGCAUCACCAGUCUGGAUAUCUCUGACAACGGUUUGGACAACGACAUGGUGAUGCUGAUUCUGUCCAUCGGUCGAUGUCGCUCACUUCGACACCUCGCAUUGGGGAGGAACUUUCCCAUGAAGUCCAGAGCUCUCAGUGACGUCCUCCAUCGUAUCGCUCAGCUCGUCCAGGACGAAGAGUCUUCCUUACAGUCUCUGUCAGUGAGAGAUUCCAAACUGAAGACGGGCAUUCACAUCCUGAUCAGCGCUCUGGGCAGCCACACCACUCUGGCCGAACUGGACAUGAGUGGAAACGCCAUCGGAGACACCGGAGCAAAGAUGUUAGCCAAAGCUCUCAUGAGCAACACCACACUGAGGUGUCUGACGUGGGACAGAAACAAUGUGACCUUCAGAGGCUUCCAGGACGUGGCUGAUGCUCUGGAGAGAAACUUCACCCUGCAGCAGGUGUCUCUGCCUCUGAUGGACAUCACUCAGAGUUACCACAUCAACCCCGACCGAACCAAUGACGCACUGCACAAGAUUCAGCAGUGUUUACGAAGAAACAACCAGCGGAGGUCCAACAGUGACGAACUUCAGCAAACGCUCCCAACUCAACAGUCUGACAGGCUCCUUCAGGGUCUGUGUCAGCAGCUGGAGGACGAUCUCCACUGUUUGACCCACUGCAACAUUCAGGAAGUCCAGAGUGACGUCCUGACGGCGUGGGAAGUCCUUCACAACACCAGGCAGACCCUCAAACUGCUGCCGUCUGUGUGUGAAGCUGCAUCAGGGUCGGACACUGACGGAGAGCUGGUGACCAACAUCCUGACUGAAGCUGCUGAUGCCCUCACCAGUGAAUUCACAAGAGCCAUACAGGACGGGGCUCAGGACCUGUUGAGAAGUGUGGAUGGAGUGUGUCCUUGUGCACUCCAACAUUCCAGUGUGUGUGAGCGUUUUCAGGAGUGUGUGUCCAUGAGACGCAGCCACACACACACGUUUGUCAGAAGUGUUCUGGUGGAGAGAACGGGUCUGAUCAUCAACAGCAGGCUGCGCGAGCUGAGACAGUCCCUCACUGUCUCUUUGACUGACAUCAUCCUGGAACGUUUACUGGAUGAACUCAGAGCGGCUCAGAGAAAAGUGGAUUUACUACUUCAGCGGAACCUCUGUACGACUCCGAGCAACAACAUUCCAGAACUACAGCUGCUUGACGCCGACUUUCCCACAGAUGACUACAGUCCAGCGUUUUGGAGGAGUGGUUUUCACUGCAGCAGCCUCCGCCCGGCGCCAUCCAUUAAGAGUCUCAUGGAUGCAGACUGGGAGCGGGGCCUCCCCCAGUUAGCAGCAGCUCCCCUGUCAGUCACGGCCUCAAGCUCCUCCCUCUCCCCUUCCACCUCCCCCUCCCCCUCACCCCCCGGAUGGAGGAGGAGGCAGCGAUGGGAGGGGGAGGCGGCAGCAGAUGCUGCAGCAGUGGUAUCGGGAGGGAGAGGAGCGCCGUUCCUUCCUCCUCCCAGUCUCCCCCUCCUUUCCUCGGCUCGAGCUCCAGAGGAGGAGGCUGCCCGCCGCCGAGGUUUACGCAGACCAGAGGUACCCUUGGUCGGCUGCAGCUCCAGCCCCGGCCCCCUCCCCGGCUCUGGAUCCUCUGGUCCUCUCAUGGAGCCUCUACCCACCCAGGGACAGGCUCUGAGGCACUACACCGCCUCCCGACCACGGCCACGGCGCACGCACACCGAGCCCCCCUCCUCCAGGCCCCAGGAGCUGGCGUCAAAGGUGGAUGAUGAGGCUGAUGACGCGAUGGGACGAGUGGACGAAGGAGUCGAAGAAUUCUUCACCAAGAAAAUCCUCCCUGACUACACACAAAAAGCCCGGUGGGAGGAGUCAAACCCUGCCCAGUCCACUCCCACAGAGUCAAGCUCCACCCCCUCAGCCUCAAUCCCCUUUUCCUCUUCUUCUGAAAAUGUUCCAUCCUCCACCACCAUCUCCAUCACCUCUUCCUCCGUUCUGCCCAGUAGCGCACCCGUCACCUCCACCGAUGUUGCACCCGUUUCUCCUCCUCCUCCACCCACCACCUCCCCUGUCACCUCCUCUUCCUCCACACUGCCCACAAAAAACAUCAAGAAAAAGUUUGGCGACUUCUUCGCCUUCAAGCGAGCACGAGCUGGCCGGGCCGCCAAGGCGGGCGGGGGAGAGGGAGGCGGUGAGGGGGUGAGGGUCAAAAGGACCUCCAUUGCAGACCUCAUUCGACCUCUCCGAGAGGCCAGGGAGAGAGAGAGGGACAAGGAGAGAGGGACAAGGUCGGUGGAGGAUGCUAAUGUUUCUAAUGAUGCCACCAUGACAGAAGGAACCGCUGCUGUCGGCCGCCGUCUUGCAGGACAAGAAAGUGUGGCGCUGGGCAAGACUGUCACCACAGUGACGCCUCCUAGUGAGACCACGCCUUCAUACCCCAUCACCACCACUACCACAACCCCUGACCUCACCAAGGUCACACUGUCCAACCUCGAAGAAGAGGCCAUCACCACCGUGACAGCGACGCCAGAGGUGAAGAUGGAAGCCAUUCCGUAUGGAGACCAAAGACUGAAGGCAACAAAGAGGUCACUGAGGGAAGGAAAGAGCCAGAGUCUGAUCCUGCUGACCGGGUUAGAGCCCGAAGACAAAGACAACGCACACAGUAAGAAGCACGUGUCUGAGAGCACAUCCAGUUUUGAACAGAGGCUUCAGGUGAUGCUCCACAGGAUGGGCGUGGCCAAAUCGUCUCCUGCUGAUGUCAAAACCAGCCAGAAUAAAGACGAGGAGCUGAGAAAGGCAAACUCUGAGGGUACAAUCCUCGACAAACCUCGACCUCCUCCCACAUACAUGAAGCCCAGAACCAUGUCCACUUCAUCAGCAGACUCUCGGCAUCCCGCGCGAGUCUUGGAUUCUGUGCGACCGGAACCUCCACUUCACCCCAAGCCUGCCCUUCCUGAGCGCCCUGUUGGCCGUCUGCCCCCCAAACCCCCCAUCGCUGCCAAGCCGACCCUCCCUGCCGCGGCUGCACCUGCAGGAGAAGCUCCCCUGUCCUCUGCACCUCCUUCCAGCAGCUGUGCAGAGAGGAACCAACUGGGACCCAGAACCCUCGACAGCAAGACAGCACAAACAGAAGUCCAGGAGGGUCUCCAGGGUGCAGCCUCAGCUCCAUCCCCCAGGACAGAACUUCCUCCACCAGUCCCAUCACCAUGGAGAGGUCCCAGUGCUCAGGGACGCUCUGAGAAAGCACAGUCGGUGACAGACGAGAGCCUUCCUAAUCCACGGACACAUUUUAAGCCCCUCGCUCAGCGGCGAGCAGUGUCCGUGCACGAGGACGCGCUGUCCAUGACACAAGAACUGAAGGUGGCAUUACUGAGGUCACCUGUCCGUUUCCGUGGUAACAGAAGCGACCUGCCCACCUGCUCUGAGGAUCCCAGCAGUGUGGAGGAGGCUCCCCGAGCAGCCGAAGGACCCGGGGAGCUGGAGGUUCAGGAUCAGGAGGACAUUGUCCAGAUGGACAAGGUGAAGACCGACAGAGACGGGACGAGCUGUAGAGGGACGGCUUUGGAAAUCAAACACUCUCCUCCAGGAGAGGAUGAAGCCUCAGCAAUCUCCUCCUUGGAGUCAUCCCGAGUCCACGGAGACAGAACUCUGUCCACACCGGACAGACCUCCAGCUCGAACCCAAACCCCUCCACUUCCCCCGACGUCCCACGAAAAGAGUCCAGUUCUGGGUCUGGAAAAACUGCUGGGGUCGUCGCCAUCCCAAGAAAAGAUCCUCAGCACAACAGAAACCCUGGAAAACUCCAGAGCAAGUCCCAGCACAGUGUCGGGAACGGUAGGAAGCAGCACAGAGGAGCAAGGAGAGGCGACCUCGAAACAGCACACGACGAGAACGCAACCAGCAGACCAAAGAACCGAAGAAUAGCACACAUGGACUCGCCGGAGAGG